GUGCAGCGGAAGUUGAGGCAGUUGAACCCUUGUACUAGUAUGUGAGAACAAACGCUCUUCCAGGAGGCGCACUUGCCUUGACUUCCCCCGGCUCGCCGCAGCGACCUCUCGCAUCGCCUGCACCGUCCCCAUCCAAAUUCGUAUCUUGAGACGUCUUUUCUCAAAACGCCCGCUCGCCUCGUCUAUCUGUCCGCACGCACCAUCCGAGCCGCCAUGCAAGUUAGCGCGCGUUGCGGUGCAGUGCGGCUCACAUCCCGCCACGUGGAACAAUUCGCAUGCCGCCACGUGGAGCGGACGCCCGUCUCGCUUUCAUGGAGCCCGACGACGAGCCGGAACUUUAGAAGCAUUCGGUAUAGAAGCACGCGCUCUAGUAGCACUCGCGCUAGUAGCACCCGCUCUAGUAGAAGGUGUCACUCGUCUGCACUCGUUCCUGCGCAGCUAUUCAACUUCAGGCAAUUCCCUGGCCGUCUCCACCCCAUUGCCGUCAUCCCACUCACCGCCGUCGAUCUCGCGUCUCGAAGAGGGACUUACAGAAGCGCCGCUAUGGCCUCCGCCGCCAUGCAUGCCGCCGCCGUCGCGUGCAUCUACUCUUCUUCCAUCUCCCUCCCUCUCUCGCCGCCACAUCCCGUCCGUCCCGCCCGUCGUUAUUCCGCGCCUCCUCUCCGUGCCACCUGGCGGGGCAUGGCUGGCGAUAUCGCCGCAAUCGCCGCCGCUGAAGGCGCUGCCACUGCUUCAGGCGCAACGGCUGCCUCGCUCCCGCCCCCCUCAUCCUCCCCUUCAUCCCCCCACUCAUCCUCCCCCUCGUCCUCCGCCGACGCUUCCGCCUCUUCCGCCGACCCCGCUUCCCCUCCCCACCAUACUAGCAAGCGGCAGUACGAAAUCGGCGCGCUGCAGCAGCUGCCUGCCGUGUCUCCUGCUGCUGAAAUCAUCGGGACUGCACUGAGGCGCGCCAAGCACGUGCGCGCCAGCAAAGGCAUCAUGAAUGCGGUGAAGCGAGAGAGGAGCAAAGGAGCUCAACAGCUGGACUGCCUCACCAAGGAGAUCAGCGGCCCGCUGGGUCGCUACGUGCGCCUCUUCCCCCGCCGCCACCAGCUGCACCCCUUCGAGCGGCAGCUGGUGGAGCUCACCCUGGGAGAGGGGGUCUAUGAGGAGGUGCUGGCUCGAGUGGACGCCCUUCGGAAGAAGGUGCUGGACGUGGGGAAGAAUGCCGCCAGCCUCGUCAACAAGACGAGCACAAUGAAGGAAGCCGAGGAAGUCACGGCGCAGGGCAUCUCUCAGUUGGGGGAUCUGUACACGCGCAACAGCCAUGCGGUGGAGCGACUCAAAGAGAUCACCAAGAGGCUCAGAGGCAUACCAGUGGUGCGCCCAGACCUGCCCACGCUGUGUUUGGUUGGAGCUCCCAACGUGGGCAAGUCGUCUCUCGUGCGCGCCAUAUCGUCAGGCAAGCCAGAGGUGUGCAACUACCCGUUCACCACUCGUGGCAUCAGCAUGGGGCACUUCUAUGUUGACACGAGGAAGCACCAGGUCACCGACACACCAGGCCUGCUCUCCCGCCCUGAUGCCCAGCGCAACAACAUCGAGCUGCUCACCAUAGCGGCCAUCACCCAUCUGCCCACCGCAGUGCUGUUUGUGCAUGACCCCUCGGAGGAGUGCGGUGUGAACCGGUUGAAACAGUACCAACUGUACAGCGAGAUGAAGACAAGGUUUGCCGACCGCGUGUGGAUCGAUGUGAUAUCCAAGUGCGACCUGCCUGCUGCCACUGCCCCCUUGGGGGAAGCAGCCGCCAGUGGGCAUCCAGGGACGGGCGACGAGAGUAGGGGGGGUCAUGGGGAGGCGAGCAGGGGAGGUGAGGACCAGCAGCAGUCAGACGAGGAAGCGGCACCACACGCCAUCAAUGCUCCUCACAACAACACUGAUGCUGCAGACCGCAGCAGUAACAGCACAGACAGCUGCGGCCAUGCUGCAAGGCUGCUGGGUGGAGCCGAGCCAGGGCAGGGAGCAGAUGUAGGGGAGAAAGUAGCAGUGGCAGCAGGUGGGGCGGGCAUGGCAGCAUGGGAGGAGUACCGCACUCACGGGGGCCCUGCUGCAGCCUUGCGCGUGUCAACCGUGUCGGGUCUCGGCGUGGAUGAGUUGGUGGACGCCAUUCAUGACAUGCUAUCUGCAUCCUCUGCUGCUUCAUCCGAUUCGCUCCCUGCUUCCGCCCCGGCUGCAGCAGCCGCAAGCCAUGCCAGUGCUGCUCUGCCCAGUGCCACUGCCAGAGAUGCUCAAGGGCUGCUUAUAGCAGCAGAUGCUUCAUACAAUGAAGGUUCCAUGCACCUUCCGGAAGAUGGUACCGGGCAAGGUGCUGAGCUCAGCCUGCAGGCGUUGGAGGGAGAUGAAGGUGUGGGUGGGUCGGGCAAAGCGGGAAAGAAAGGGAAGAAACCUAGUGACUUUUACUACCCGCCGCUGCCUUCUCACAUGAUGAAAGGCACGUGAACAAUUGUAAUGUGACAAGUGCAUGAUUAACCAUCUGUCUAAUAAAUACAUAGGCGUAUAAUGUUCUGUUUAUGUGCUGUAACUGGAGUGACUAGGGGGCCAGGCCCCUAGAUAUCAGCCUUUUUACGCUGAUUCAGCCUUUUUUCAGCCUUUUUUCUUGAACCUACGCUGAACUGUAAGACUUUU